AUGGCAGACAAUCCCGAACCCCUCAAGGGCAUUCGAGUCCAGACCAUCGUGCACGAGGCCGAAGAGACUUCGCUUUCUCCAAGAGGUUCCCUCGGCGAACGGCCUGGCUCUGCAGGCGAGGAUACGCCUUCGGCCGAACUACCACCGCAUCAGCGGCCCUCCAUCACGAACAUCCCUGUAACACCGGGUAUCCAUCUCUCGACCUAUCUUUCGUCGCGAAGAGGUUCGAGAGAGGUUGAGAGUCCGAGCUACUUCACCCAGAACCCCAGCAGACACGAUCGCUCCUUUGCCGAAACACCGCACCGGAUAGUCACCUCUCCUGGCCAAAUAGCCAAUACGGGUAGGCCUACGUCCCCGACCGACUUGAUUCGAGGUGUCAUGACGGGCGAGGAGGUCCUGAAGCGCAUGAGCUUGACCUCUCGCCGCAGAGAAUCUAUCUCGGAUAUCCAGUCCGCCGCCCCGGAUCUGGCUCUGACCGGCAACAUCAUCUCGGCUACUUGGACAACACCGCGCGCCUUCAAGUACCGCAAGAAUGGCCAAUGGGACUUGGGUUCUCGCCAUGGCCAGUCGGCCCUGUCCGACUCCUUUGCCUACCUCUCCUCCGACCAGGCCCCCUGGAACAAUACCGUAGUCGCCUGGACCGGCGAGAUCGACUCCCCCUUCGACGGCUCGUCACCCCCUGAUACACCACCUGACAACACCACCGCCAUUCCCGGUCUUAGCCAUCUCUCCGCCCCGGUACCACUCAGCGGGGAGAUGCCUCCUACACCACCUGAUGUCGAUGGCCUGUGGAUUUCGCGCGAACAUCAGAAGCAGCUCGAGCACCAGCUCUCGCAUGAUAAGCGCAUCAAGACCGUUCCCGUGUGGCUUGCUGAUGAGGACGAGAUGAGCGACGAGGGUAUCACGUUGAACGAUCAGGGACGCUGGAGGCGCUACGCCGAGCAUGAGCUAUACCCCUUGUUGCACUACAAGCAACACGAGCCUACCGAUGGACGAUCCGAGCGCAUCGAAUGGGCCAACUUCUACCGAGCCAACCUGGCCUUCGCCAACAAGAUCCUCGAGAUCUACAAGCCAGGCGAUGUUGUCGUGAUCCACGAUUACUACCUUAUGUUGCUCCCUGGUAUGCUGCGCCAGAAGCUGCCCAACAUGUAUAUCUCGUUCUUCCUGCACUGCCCCUUCCCGAGUAGCGAAUUCUUGCGUUGCUUGCCGCGAAGAAAGGAGGUGCUUGAGGGACUCCUCGGAAGCAACAUGGUAGGAUUCCAGUCGUACAGCUACUCGCGUCAUUUCGCCAGCUGCUGCACUCGCAUCCUCGACUUCCCAUCCGACUCUAUUGGCGUAGAGGCUUACGGGACGCGCGUUGAACUUGGAGUUUUCCCCAUUGGAAUCGACGCUCCGAGGAUCGAGAAAAUGGCGUGGGAUAAGGACGUCACGGAGAAGUACGAAGCUCUCAAGAAGCUCUACAAGGGCAAGCAGAUUAUUGUGGGCCGUGACCGUCUGGAUAGUGUCCGCGGCGUGGCCCAGAAACUGAUGGCAUUCGAGAGGUUCCUCGAAUUGUAUCCCGAGUGGCGAGAGAAGGUUGUCCUGAUCCAAGUCACGUCCCCCACCAGCAUCGAAGAAGAGCGAGAGGACAAGGAGAACAAGAUUGCAGGCCGCGUCAACGAGCUGGUCAUGAAGAUCAACGGCGCUUACGGCAGUCUGGGAUUCUCACCGGUGCAACAUUACCCGCAGUAUCUUGCACCCGACGAGUACUUUGCGCUGCUGCGGGCCGCCGACGUGGGCUUGAUCACCUCGGUGCGUGACGGUAUGAACACUACUAGUCUUGAGUACGUCAUGUGCCAACGUGACACCCACGGCCCUCUGAUCUUGUCCGAGUUCAGUGGAACUGCGGGAAGUCUGCGGGAUGCAAUCCAUAUCAACCCGUGGGACCUCAGCAACGUCGCCAAGCAGAUCAAUAAUGCUCUGACCAUGUCGGCCGAAAAGCGCCAUUCCAUGCAAGCCAACCUCUACCACCACGUCACGACGCAGACCGUUCAAAGCUGGAUCGCCAAGUUCCUUCGCAAGCUUGUCGGCACCCUGGCGUCCACCAAGAACGACAACUCGACGCCUCUGCUGGACCCCACGGUAAUGCUCAAGCAGUAUCGCGCGGCCGGAAAGCGCCUGUUCAUGUUUGACUACGAUGGCACGCUCACCCCCAUUGUGAGAGACCCCCAGUCAGCGCUGCCGUCGGAACGGGUCAUCAAGAGCCUGAAAGCCCUGGCAGCGGACCACCGCAAUGCCGUCUGGAUUAUCUCUGGCAGAGAUCAGGAUUUCCUGCAGCAGCAUCUUGGCCACAUCUCGGAACUGGGAUUCAGCGCGGAGCAUGGAAGUUUCAUUCGACACCCUGGCGAGAGCACUUGGGAGAACUUGGCCGAGACAGUCGACAUGGCCUGGCAAGCAGAGGUUGUGGAGGUCUUCCAAAAGUACACGGAUCGCGUUCCAGGGUCAUUCAUCGAGCGCAAACGCUGCGCGCUUACUUGGCAUUACCGCCAAGCUGAUGCCGACCUAGGCCUUCAGACAUCGUAUGCGGUUCAUAAGGAGCUGGAAGCAACAGUAGGCAAGAAAUGGGACGUCGACGUGAUGAAGGGCAAGGCCAAUCUCGAAGUUCGGCCCACCUUCAUCAAUAAGGGGGAGAUUGCCAAGCGCCUCGUCCGCGACUACAGCUCGGAUAUCGCCCACGUGGCCGGCAAGCCCGUAGAAGGCAAACUGGAGUUUGUGUUCUGUGCUGGUGACGAUUUCACCGACGAAGACAUGUUCCGCGCCCUGAACGGCGUCAAUGACGCGAGCGUUGUCAGAGACCACAUCUUCACGGUCUCGGUCGGUGCCAGCAAGAAGGUCACUCUCGCCAAGUGGCACGUGCUGGAACCUGAAGACGUCCUCGAGAGCAUGGCACUGCUUGCCGGCGUCGGCCUCAGCGGCGACCCUGGCGAGCAGCUGAGCGCGGUCAACAUGGCUACCGUGGCUGGGGUCGACGGCAAGGUGCCCGAGUGA